ACUUCCUUGUUUGUCUAUGCACAAGCGGAUUUGAGCUCCAAAUCACAAAGAGACAUCUGUGUGUUACUUGUGCCGGGAGUCUGCUUUCGCAAUGGGAGAGAACGAGGAUGGAGAAAUAAUUGAGCAUCACGUCAACGAGGAGAUGGAGAAGAGACACCUGACAAGACGUCCGGGGUCUUUCUCGGAAGUGGCUAAGCUCUCUGAAAGGGAGCGGCACAGCAACACGCAGUCUUCGCAUCGUUUGCUUGCCUACAGCGAUGCGCUUCUUUCCAUUAUUGCUACUGUUAUGAUAUUGCCUGUUGCGCACACAAAGAUUCAAGAUAAUGAGGAAUUGAAAGAAAGCUUGCAGCAACUUCUCACAACAAAGAUUGCUGUAUAUCUGAUGACAUUUUUAAUAGUGACUGUAGCAUGGGCUGCUCAUAUCAGGUUAUUCCAAGUGAUAGAACGCAUAGAUGACUGCCUUGCACUCCUAAAUCUUGCCUGUAUGAUGCUGAUAACUUUCCUUCCAUACACUUUCUCAUUGAUGGCAGCUUUUCCAGAAAACAUACUCGGCAUUCUCUUCUUUUGCGGCUGUGUUGUAGUUAUUGGCCUGAUACAGGCUGUCAUUGUUUUGUAUGGAUUUAGCCAGCCUUUCCUGCUGAAUGACCAGAUACAAGUGUCUGAAAAUCUGACCUUUUACAAAAAACACAUCUUAAAAGUCAUUUUAAGAGUUCCUGUGUUCUGCUUUGUUGCAAUCAUUUUUUCCUUAAUUUUUCCCCCAAUGGCCUACGUUAUUCUGGCAUUUGUUAUCUUCUUCCCCUACAUCUCACAGUUAGUGAAGUGGUGUCACGGCAAAGCAGUUGGGAGACAAGAGGAAACCCCUGAAUCCAUGCUGUUCUACUCCUACCACCCCAAUGAACCACUCAGCAAAGAGCGUGUAGAAGCCUUCAGCGAUGGGGUAUACGCCAUUGUAGCCACGCUCCUCAUUUUAGACAUAUGUGAGGACAACGUCCCAGACCCUGUGGAGGUGCAGCACAAGUUCAACAGCAGCCUGGUGGUGGCCCUGCAAGAAUUCGGCCCUGAGUUUUUGGCUUACUUCGGUUCAUUCGCUACAGUGGGCCUGCUGUGGUUCGUCCACCACUCACUCUUCAUGCACGUGACCAAAAGCACCCGGCUGAUGGGCAUACUCAACACCUUCUCACUGGCCUUCGUGGGGGGCUUGCCACUAGCCUACCAGCUGACUCAUGAGUUCACUCAAAACUCCCGCAAUGAGCUGGAGGCCAUCCAGAUAAGCUGCGUCAUUAUAUUCUUUGCUGGGAUCUUCCAGCUGGCUAUCUGGGUGGUGGCGCUCUUCAGCCAGCAUGAGACACUGCAUCCCUGUGUGCACUAUGGAGGCCAGGACCACGCCUUCAUGUUGGCCAAGCUUUCCCUCUACCCUGCGGUGGCCCUGGGCACCUUCUUCAUCACCUGCGUGCUAAGCGAAUUCAGCGCCCCGGUCUUUCACCUGACGCAGAUCGUGGUGCCCGUCGCUUUCCUGCUGCUCCGCCUCCUGGUCCGGGUGGCGUUGGCUGUUCUCCAUUGGCUCUUCUGCCCACACCGACCCACCAUGCUUGACCUCCAGGGUGAGCAGGACUCACGCCUGGAUUUUAACGAUGUGGUGACUUAGCUGUGACAGAGAGGCUGUCACGCAGCUGCUGGGGUGGUUUUCAAGGCAUUGGUGCAGCGUUGGGUACUAGCAUAGAUUAGGGUUCACACCCAUUUUUGAAAUAAUAGCAAUCUGCACCUUCAUUUUCCUCGGUUUAACAGCAGGUUUCCCUGCUUGCUUCCAGGCUUUAAAUCAAAAUGAGGCAGAUGUUUUCCCCUUUUGAGAUGCCUAGAUAACACUUGCUAAAGGUGUUUAUAACAUGUUUUAGGGAAGCUGCAUUGUGGAUCAUGCACUGCAAAGCCAUGUUGUCAUGGCCAGAAAAGCAUCGUCAGUCAUGUGAGAAAUUUGUUCUUUUGGUCCAAUAAUCUCUUGCCUGCUGUCUUGUUUUUGAAGGCAGAGGUUAUGUCAGCAUUUAUGAUUCAUUGUUGUUAAUUUAAGAGGCAUCUUCUGGAACCAUUCAGACAGCUGGAAAAGGCAAAUAACUAGUACUAUGGGAGAAGUAGAAAUUGAAAUAUUACAGAUUUGUUUCAAGCACAGGAAGUAAUAUGAAAUCAAAUUCACUGAUCUAGAGUAAAUCUCAGGUGACAGACAAAGAGUCUCUGCCCAAUAUAUUGGGAACACCAAGAUUCCUCAAAGGACUGUGGAAGCUUGAGCAAACAGCCAGCCUGAUGACUGACUAGCUCUUUCCACCACUAGAGGGCCACAGCAGAAGCCAAGCGGGUCCAAGCAGUAUAGGAGUGCAGGGUACAGGAAAGAUGUUAGAGAAUGAAGAGGGAUUCCAGGCAGAUAGGGGGCGCCACAACUUAUUCAGCCACCCAGUCCCACCAAAGUGUAACAUGGAUAAGGUCUUUUGUAGCUACAUAUGUAAGGAAUGUAAUAUGAACAAUAUGAGUCAAUACCGUUCUAGCCUUUAAUCUUGUUAAAUAUGAAGUAAAAGAGUAAUUUUUUUGCUGUAGGGUAUAGUUAUGCAUAACCUUCUGCACUAUUUUUCCGCUUUCAAAAGGGAAUGUUUGCUGAAUAUUCAUUCAAUUCACUGUUAUGUGUACUGCAGGAUACAGCGUCCCAGCCUUAUGCCCAUAGCCUCCGGGAUAGGCUCCGGACCCUCUGCAACCUUAAAUAGGACUAGUGGUUUCAGAAUAUGAAUGGAUGGAUGGAUUAUAUUUGGUCAGGAGGCAGUUCUCUGGAUCUGAUGAGAAGGAAAUUUCAUGAAUCUUAGAUGUGGUGUUAAAUGCACCUGGUCAAAAGCUGCGCACUUUAAAGCAUGAGCAAGUGGAUUAUAAAGGAAAACAAAGCUUCAGUUGCACCACCUCUGAAGUCUGAAGUAGGGGGAUUAGAUGCAAGAGUUGAAGUCUACAUGGGAUGACUGGAAACUGAUGUAAAAAACUAAAUUGAAUUAUUCUGUACCUGUACUUUAAAGUGGAAACACCAUCCCUGCACAGGUAGUUCCACAAAUUGCUCUCCCACCGAAUUUUGCAUUUGUCUGGCUUAGGUUCAGACCAACUUGACACAAUAGCCUGAUAUUUUAGGAAUAGUUUUAUGCAGUGGCUGAUCCCAUGGAGUUGGAAGAUGGUAGAUUCCACUGGCGUUUUGGUGCUGACCCUGACAAAGUCUCAUAGUUGCAAAGUCAAAAAAAUUAUCCUCAAAACACAAAUUACAUUUCCGUUUCAGCAGUUCACAGCACAUAGAAGAAAGGAUUUUGCAAAAGUAAAUGACACAGUUAUUCACUAGGGUCCUUUUGGCAGAGUAUUUCUGUGUGUAUUUAAAAUACAUCUGCAUGAGGGACCAAGCACAGAGUGGGACACACCAAACAUAAUGGCUUUCAAAUCUUAAUGGAGAGUCCACUUGCUUUGGAGCUAAACAAGGAUGCACAAACUUGUGUUGGUCAUUCUCUUUUAAAUUUCUUCCAUUUCUUGUCCUCUAACUGUGCUCCCUGUGAAUGAAUAAUUUCAGUCUGUAAUUAGGAAAUAAGGUACCACACCACUCUUCAGCCUGUUGACAUUUAGGCAUGCCAGUUACCUCUGAUUUUGCACUUCAAAGGAAACGUUUUUUGUGUGAAUGAUAAUGAGCAGUGGGAAAUCAUCCAUUUAAAGUUAUGGUGAGUCUAUGAUGAUGACAGAAUGUCUAUGUUAAAUAUAGUAAAGAAGCUGAAAGAAGAUUGCUGUGGUGCACAACAUUAGCGUGAAAUGAUCAAGACAUCUAAUAUAGUGUGUGAAUGUGCCCUGUGAUGGUUGUUCCCAGCCUUGUGCCAGUAGGUUAUGGGAUAACCCCCCAGGACGGACGGACGGACGGACGGACAUUUUUUGUUAGUGUAUUUGCAUAACGGUGAUUAUUAUGCACUAAGCGGCACUGUUGGUUAAUGGUCUCUAACUGGUGACCAUUGGCAUGGCUUUCCAUGUCUCGUAUUUUUUGAUGACUUAAUGCAACAAUAACAAUCGUUUCCUACAAAAGGAGUUUCACAGCAUACUUUCAGAUCUAUACAAAUUGCUAUAUGUUUGCUGCUUUCUGUUGUGAAUAAACAUAUACAGACUAUA